CUUAUUUUGAUGAUGAAUAUGAAGGCGCGCUAAGCCGGGCUGGAGCAGUGUGUCUCUGAGGCUGGGCUCCAUUCAGAGCUCCCUCCGCUGCCUUCCUGUGCCAACAACCCCCCAAAAGUUGUGAUGCUUUUCUUUACCCAGUGCUUUGGGGCUGUGUUGGAUCUCAUUCACCUCCGGUUUCAGCACUACAAGGCUAAACGGGUUUUCUCUGCUGCUGGGCAACUUGUCUGUGUGGUCAACCCCACACACAACCUAAAGUAUGUGUCCAGUAGACGGGCCAUCACCCAGAACUCCACAGAGCAAGGCAGCUUCCACCCACACCCUCUUCCCCACCACCAUCGUCACCACCGUCACCACAGCCCCCUGUGCCACCAUGCCCGUCCCCGCCACCUCCACCACCAGGAGGCAGGGAUGCACAGCGCUCAGGUGACACCCUGCCUAUGCCCACUCUUCUCCUGCCAGUGGGAAGGUCACCUGGAGGUGGUGGUGCCUCACCUGCGGCAGAUCCACAGGAUUGACAUCCUACAAGGGGCAGAGAUCGUCUUCCUGGCCACGGACAUGCACCUCCCAGCGCCAGCCGACUGGAUCAUCAUGCACUCUUGCCUCGGCCACCACUUCCUGCUGGUGCUCAGAAAACAGGAACGGCACGAAGGGCACCCUCAGUUCUUUGCCACCAUGAUGCUGAUUGGGACCCCCACCCAGGCCGACAGCUUCACCUAUCGCCUGGAGCUCAACAGAAACCACAGGCGUCUCAAGUGGGAAGCCACCCCGAGAUCCGUCCUGGAGUGUGUGGACUCGGUCAUCACUGACGGGGACUGCCUGGUUCUCAACACCUCGCUGGCCCAGCUCUUCUCUGACAACGGCAGCCUCGCCAUUGGCAUCGCCAUCACCGCAACCGAGGUCGGUGCCACGGAAGCCGAGAUGUGAGACCAGGAGCCGCUGGAUAUUCCCACUGCCUGUGCACCUUGGACCUCCAGCUGUCAGGACCUUUUUAUUUGCCCUUCCUUCCUUCUUUUCUUUCUUUUUCGUCUCAGGUAAUUGGUGGUAUUAGUUUUCAUCUGCCAUGGGCAUUAUGUUAUGUAAACAUCUGUGAUUCAAGAUCUUGGUGUGAAAUCUGUCCUGUGUUGUUGGUAAAGUUUUGUAGAACAUUCGGAAGGUUUUACCAGAAUAGUUAUCUCUUGCCACCACGGGUCUCUUUCUCUACUGCUCCCAAAGGAAGCAAAUGCCAAGAAGCAGAGCACUGGUGUUAACCGGAGGCUUGGCUUCCAAACGGCUCCUUCCUCUUUUCAGGCUGUUGGAGGUAGAGCCUGACUUGUCACGGCUGAGGCAGCCAGCUGUGAUGGACGCCUUCCCGGGAGUCUUGGGGUCAAAGCUAAGCUGCAUGGGCAUGAGAGACAGUGUCUCCUCCACAGCGGAGUCACCUAGAGACACACUUUGUGUCAGAAGCAGUCACCUGAUCCAGGGCUGGGGACAACUGUCAGAUCCCAAACCCCCUGUUUUUCAAGUUCUCCUGGCUUCAUUCCCUGGCCUCACCAUUCCCUUUGGCUUUGCAGUUAAAGCCCAGAUGUUCCUGAGGCCUUUCUGAAAAUCGCUUUGCCUCUGGUGAGAAGUAGGAUAGGUAUGAUGCAGGAGAAAAGCUACAAGAAAAAAAAGAAGGCAUCCAAUUAACCUCUAACCUCUGGGAGCACGUGCUUGCCUUGGCGAGACAUUUUAAAUCCAUAUAUUAUGAAUCCAUCACCCCCACCACCAUUAGAGUAAUACCUUCUUGAAUCAGACGGAGAGCUACUCUGUCCUUGAUGGUUUAUACAUAAGAGCCACCAUCAAACACCGGGACUCCAGAAAGGAGCAACUGUGACCUCCAGCCUGAAGAGCUGACUCUGUCACCCUCUAGGCCUCCCGUUUCCUCUCCUUCCUCUCUAACAUGCUCUGUAGCCCUGUUCAGCCCAUGGCUGCUUAGGAGUAAGCUCGGCAUAUGCAGAAGGAAGCCUUAGGAACCCACCUCACCUCACCCUCCACUGCCGUCUUCUACCCCCCAGCCCCCACCCCUCUUAUCCUCACCCCUCCCCUCCCCUCCCACCUUCCCACUCCCUAGAGGCUGCUCUCUCUUGUUGUAUUGUUAGAACAAGGCAUCAGCCUCUGGGGAAAGACCUUCCUGCACUGGAGGAAAAGGGGGAGUGGGGGUGGGAGUGGGUGGUUGAUGUCUUCACUCUGCUUUCUUUCUGUUCUAAGUUGCACACCUUAAAAGCUUCCUCAUGGGUCCAUGUGCCCACAACAUCCUUUCGGUCACUGUCCAGGUGCAAGGGGAAAACAUGGCACCCCAAACCAGCACAGCUCUCCGUAGGGUUGUGUGGGCCUUUCUCCAGCUCUUUCCCCUACCUCAGGCACCCCAGCUGAGCCUGGCUGGCCUCCGAGUGGACACUCAGUUUCAGACAGAUUGUCCUGGCUGUGGCCCAUCGGUAAUCUUUUCUCCACCAAAAUUAAUUCAUGUUAAAAUACACUACUCGUCCCCCAAACUGGUUGAUCUUCCAGUCACUUUUGCUGUGGCACUAGAAACAUACGUUUAUAGAACUGUGAGAACACACUUCUUUCCAGUCCUCCAGUCAUUGGUGGGACUCGGAACCAGGGCUUCGUCUCUCCAUCUAGGGCCUGAGGAGCACAGCUAACUUGGCUCACAGAUUAGCACAAAGAUGAGGCUCUGAGGUAUCCUGAAGCUUGUGUCCUGUGGGCUCCAGGCCAUUGGCCUCCAACCACAGAGGGCCCUGACCCAAGGCUGCUGUGUCAGCCCCAGGAGAGACCAGCUCCUUUCCUGCAACCCAGGACCUCCCCAGCUGUCCAAAGGUGUCAGAAGGCACAGUCCCUCUCCUGGCUUCUGAUGGUCAUUUGUAACGCACAGGUGCCCCAACUAAACCAACACACAACACCUCAAGAAGAAUGCAUGUAGUGCUUACAGGACUCAGAGCUCCUGCAAUGUUGCCUUCCCCUCACAGACUUGAAUAGUGGUUCCUAGACAUCUUCAGAAUAAAGGUUAGGAAUUGUCUUCUUUUCCUCCAACUAUGGUGCUCCCAAGACUGCUUUUCCCUCCACACUAAUAUGGGAAGAACAGAAGACAAAGGAGCAAGCUGAUACUGGUGAAUUGGAAACAGAGGAGAGGAUGAGGAAAAGUGUGUUUGAGUGUUGUUGCUACCAAAAGGCUCUCUCCUUUAGUCUUGAGUAAAUCCUCAUCACUCUCCUCAAUACGCAGGUUCAGAGACAUGCCAUGACCUUUUGAAGGUCACACAUCAGACCACAUGUACAGCUCAGCUCUACCAGUUCAGACUUAGCGUUCUCAAUUGGAAGACGACCCCCUAGUGUUCAGCAGGGUCUUGCUUCAGCAGUUGGAGAUUGGAGACUUGAAAACUGAAUGGGUCUUCACCCUAGAAUGAUGAGAAUCCAGAGAAAAAGGCUGGAGUGAAAUCCGCUUUCAGUGGCAUCUUAGCAUACUGUGGAAGCGAGCUGGUCCCAGGGAGGCGGGAAGGAAGAGGCACAUGGAGGUCUCUGUGGCCCUGUGUCCUUUUGCCUCCCUUGCCCACCGCCAGGGCCUUGUGCUCAUGGAUCCUGGAACCCGGUUGCCUAGUUCAUGCCAAGACACUCAACUUAAGGAAUUCUCUGAGGAAUGUUUGUGUUUUAAUAGAAGGCAUAGAUAGACAGACAGACAGUAGCACUAAUGAGAGACACGGCUGUCUGUAGUUGAACUGGCAACUGUGAGCAGUUUGUCCAGAAGGUGUUUGAAGAGAAGCAGGCCUUGCCUUGAGUCUGAGCCUAAAUGAAUGACUGGUGGAGGUUUAGCGAUACAAUGAAGAUUGUUCCUAACAGUGAGUAUUCGUAUGAACCUGUACCUGGGAUAGUGCUAACAUUCCAGCAGCCACUGAGGACAUUCAUAAAUGAUCAGGAUAGCUGUCACAGUAGGCCUGUGGCUGCCACUGACUGAAAGAUUCCCAUAUGACCCUGGGGGAUAAGUACUUGGAACUUAUUAUCCCACAUAAUCCUCAAAACCACCACACGAAGCUGCUGCUAUGUGUUGUGACAGAUGAGAAUCUGCAGCUAGCAAAUAGUAAUGCCAGCUCCACAGCCAGGCUUCCAGCCAACUCCAUCCAUGUCAUCUCUGUGAACUCGUGUUCCGGAGUCUCAGCAGGACCCAGUCAUAAAGUCUGACCGGCAUGCAAACCCUGCUUUAGAAUUUCAGUACUAAAUGUUUCCUUUCUCUUCCUCUUGUCUCCUUUUCUUCCAGCCCAAUAGCUGACUUGUAUCCACGCUGUUACAUUUUUAGAAUUUUGUAGGUCAGUUAUUACAACCAUUAUUGAAAAAUAACAUAUAUAAUCUUACAAUUAAUAAAUUCUAUUUAAAACAAG